AUGGGUCGCAAAGCUAAAUUUGAUGAAUCCAAAGUUGUAAAAAAAGGGCCCGGCAGAAAGGCACGUAAACAACCUGAUCCUAUUUUUAGAAAAGAACUUCUUGAAGAUGAAAGUGAAAAUAAGAAACUAAGUCACAGGCAAAAGCAGAGAGCAGCAAGAAGGGCAAAGAAAAAGGCUGAAAUAGCAGAAAAGAGAAAGGCUUUAAAACAAGCAAAAAAAAAUGUUAAGGAAAAGAAAGAUGAUAAUGAAAAUGAAGAGAAUUUAAAUUCUGAUCAAGAAAUCGAAGGAGGUUUCACUGACGAUAAUAAAAAGUGGCUUACUUUAAAGAAAAAUGUUAAAACCAAACCUAAAGUGCAGUCAGAAAGUGACGGUGAAAAUGAAAUGAGUUCUGAAGCUGAACAGGAUACUGAUGACGAUGACGAUAAGGAUGAAGAAGAUGCUAAAAUUAGUAGCGGUAAAGAGAAAUAUAAGGUUGGCACAUUGGAUGAUUUGUUUGAAGAUUCUGACAAUGAUGAUGAAGAUGAAAACAAAUCAGAUAAUGAAAAUGAUACAAGCAAAUUGACUUAUGAUUCUGACUCUAGUGAUGAAGAUAUCAAGGAUAAUGACGAUGAGGAUGAUGAGGGUGAUGACGAUGAUGAUAUGUUACCUAUAGAGAAAGCUAAUGUGAAGCUGAAAAAGAAACAAAAACUGGACAAAAAAUUAGCUGACGAAGAGAUGCAAUUAAACAUAUCCAAGCAAGAUAUAUUUGCAUUUCCCACAGAGGAAGAAUUACAAAAUCCAACCAGUCUACAAGAUAUUCAUCAGAGAAUUAAAGAUGUUGUUCAUGUUUUAAGUGAUUUUAAUCACUUAAAGCAGGAAGGCAGAUCCCGUUGUGAAUACACUGACUUGCUCCUAAAAGAUUUAUGUAUGUAUUAUAGCUAUAAUGAAUUUUUAAUGGAGGUACUAAUGCAAAUAUUCCCAGUCCAAGAACUUGUUGAAUUUUUAGAAUCAAGUGAAGUUUCUCGACCCGUUACCAUAAGGACAAACAGUCUCAAAACAAGAAGGCGUGACUUGGCCCAAGCUCUUAUUAAUAGGGGCGUGAAUUUAGACCCUGUUGGUAAAUGGAGUAAGGUUGGCUUGGUUAUAUAUAGUUCAACAGUACCAAUUGGUGCCACACCUGAAUAUUUAGCAGGUCACUAUAUAAUUCAAGGUGCUUCAAGUUUCUUGCCUGUGAUGGCUUUGGCGCCACAGGAGAAUGAAAGAAUAUUGGAUAUGUGCGCAGCCCCAGGCGGGAAAGCAUCUCAUAUUGCAGCAAUAAUGAAAAAUACUGGAGCUUUAUUUGCAAAUGAUGCAAAUAAAGAGCGUACAAAGGCUGUUGUUGGAAAUUUUCAUAGAUUGGGUGUUGUGAAUGCCAUUGUUUGUAAUUACGACGGUAGGCAAUUUCCAAAUGUGAUCAAAGGUUUUGACAGAGUUUUAUUGGAUGCUCCUUGUACAGGUACUGGAGUUAUUGCUAAAGAUCCAAGUGUUAAAACAACAAAAGAUCAAAAAGAUAUCCAAAGGUGUUUUAAUCUUCAGAGGCAGUUGUUAUUGGCUGCUAUAGAUUGUUGUAAUGCUAAGUCAAGUACAGGAGGAUACAUAGUGUAUUCAACGUGCUCUAUUCUACCAGAAGAAAAUGAAUGGGUAGUAAAUUAUGCUUUAAAGCGUCGUAAUGUCAAAUUAGUGCCUACUGGUCUUGACUUUGGUACAGAGGGUUUUGUAAAAUAUAGGCAUCAUAGAUUCCAUCCGUCAUUGAAAUUGACGAGAAGAUUUUAUCCACAUACACAUAACAUGGAUGGAUUUUUUGUGGCCAAACUUAAAAAGUUCUCAAAUGUCAUUCCGGAACCAUUCAAAGACGAAGAUGAUGAAGCUGCAGAAACAAAUGAUGACAAAGUAGCGCAAGAAAAUGGUGAUACUAAUUCAACAGAACAAAAGGACAUAGUAGCAAACUCCACACAUACUCCGCUGAAGAGACUUGCCCCUUCAGAAGCAAAAGAACCACAGAAAAGGAAAAAGAUUACAGACAACAAUAGUGAAGAAUCAAAGGAAACCGUAACAAUUAAUGCCAAAACGAAUAAAAAACAUCGAAAGAAGAAAAACAAAAUUAAAGGGAAAGAAGGAAACUUACUGGCUGGCAUUAGCAGUCAAGAAAAUAAUUCUAAUAAAGAUAGUGAAACCCAAACUCCAAACAAGGGUGACAAUUCUAACAAAAUGGACAGUGAAAAUAAAAAGAAAUUACAACCACAUACACCCAAACUAGCAAAAUUAGCAGAAGCAUCUUCAGAAGUUAAAACACAAGCUCAUGUAGGCACUGAAAGUCCUAAAGCAAAAAAGAAUAAAAAAAGUAAAGUUAAAAAAGGUAAUCAGGUAAAUGUAAUAAAUAGCCUCCCUAAUAAAAAAGAGACCAAUGUAUCUGAUAAGGUGCAGUUUGAGGCAUCAAAGAAGUUAAAGAACAAGUUGAAAAAGAAGAAAAAAAUAGGCCAAAUAAAUGAAAAAAAUAAAAAUAAAGAAACAAAAUUCCAAAAAAUGGAUCAGAAAUUAAAAAAGAAAGGCAAAUCUAAAUAG